UCGACUUUCUCCACCCCAACUAACGUCACCCAUGCACCGCGGAAGCAGGAAGGGGAAUUCCUAAGCUAACUGUAGCUAUCUGGCCGUAGAUUUGACAGCCACCCAGCUCUCUUUAAAGGAUUAUCUAGCUGGCGAGUUAGUAACAGCAACUGCAAAUGAAAUGGUUUAGUUAAGUGUUAAUGAUUAGAAUACGGGCUGGUCGGUGUCGGCGGUCAAGUAGCUAGCGUUACGCGGAGACAAUCGACGCCUAGCUUAGCAGCUAGCUUGCUGCUGGCUAACUUCUUUAGCUGAGUGACUGACAGGGGGACCAGCACAUCCAAAACCGAAAGGGAUGGUCCAACCCCAGGGAGACUGCCCCCUGCAGUGGGAGAUGGCGGGAGAGGAAGGGGGCGGGGCCUUGAGGGUUCCCCCCGAGCUGGCGUCCAAUGAGGUGGUGACCAGAUUACUGGGAGACAACCAGCAACUCAGAGAGGCCCUCCGCCGCAGCAACCAUGCGCUACGUGAGCGCUGCGAGGAGAUGGAGGGAUGGCAGCGCCGGGCCAAGGAGGAGAGAGAGUUCCUCAGCUGUCGCUUCCACGAGGCCAGGUCCCUGGUGGAGAGACUGGCCCGGGAGAACCACUCUCUCCUGGGCCAGGCCAACGGCCCCGCCACCCUGGGCCCCAGCUUCAGCCCCCACCUCCCACCCGGCCCCAGCCCCAGGGCUCACCUCCCCCCAUGCUCCAGCACCCUUCCUGGGCCGAGCCAGGCGGAGAGGAACGGGCCUCUGGAAGGCCCUCUGAGUCCAGAAGAGAGGGGGAUGGAGAAGAGGACAGAGGACAGUGAAUUACAGCCCACGCCUCGCAGCCUGGGUGAUGAGAGUGUGCAUAGCUCCAUCAGUAGUGCAGCCCCCAGCCCCCCCUCUUCUCUAGGGGGUGCCUGGGGGGAGGGGAGGGGCUUGGAGAACAGUGAGCCCAUUGAAGGAGGGAAUGAGUUCCUGCAGCUUCUGAAGAGCCACAAAGAGAAGAUGGAGGAGGGGAUGAGGGACUUGAGGAGGAAGAACACAGAGCUGGAGAAGGAGAAGGAGGAGGGAGAGAAGGAGAGAGACGUUCUGCUUCGCUCCCUGGAGCAGCUAAGAGCUCAGCUGGUCCAGACACAGGCGUGCGGCGUUACCGAGGAAACGGUUCAGCGAUCUGAUGCUCAGCACUCUUCUGAAAGCUCCUCCCACCUGGCUAAACUCACAGAGCAGCUGCAGGCCACGCAGGGCAGGCACAGGGAGCUGCAGGAGAAGCUGGACUGUCUACAGAAGAGCUCAGCUCAGCGGGACAGAACUGAUGCUCUUCUAAAACAGAGAGACAAGGAGUGUGCUCAGCUAGCGAAGGACUGUGAGUCUCUGAAGGCCCAGGCCACGUCUCUGCUGGGGGAACUGAGAGAGAGCAGGAGCUGUCUGGAGAGAAGCCAGCACGACCGCAAGCUACUGGAGGACAAGCUGUGCAGUAAGACAGAGGCGCUCCAGACAGCAGAGAGAGAUGUGGAGCUUCAGAGGAGACAACACAAGCUGACUGUAGACAAGCUGCUGCUGCAGACCCAGACCCUGGAGACAGCCCUGAAGACCGAGAGACAUGUAGUGACCGAGGAGAGGAAGAAGCUGACUCAGUUACAGCACGCAUACACGUGUCUCUUCAGAGACUACGACUCCAAGCUGAAGAAUGAGAACCAGGGGGGGGACCUGGGCAGCAGGCUGGAGGAGGCAGAGAGAGCUCUGGCUCUGAAGCAGGACCUGAUCGACAAGCUGAAGGAGGAGGUGGAGCAGCAGAGAGGCUCUCUGGAGACAGUACCUGUCCUCACAGCCCAGGCUGAGAUCUACAAAGCAGACUUCCUGGCGGAGCGCGAGGCCAGGGAGAAGCUGAACCAGAGGAAGGAGGAGCUACAGGACCAGCUGACCCAGGCUCUGGCUGAGAUUGACCGGCUCAAACAGGAAGGAACCUCACGGGCACGGAUGGAGGAGAUGCAGCAGAGACACUUGGAGGACUUCAGAGCCCCUCGACCUCAACAAGGUGUAUUUCCAGGUGCUGCCUUCAACACGGCUCCGCCCCCAUCUUCCUUCCGCAGCGUGGGAUUGGCUGUUGGCGGGGCCGGGGGCGGGGCUGGGGGUGGGGCUGGGAGUGAGGAGCUUCCAGACUACCGCUGCCCGAAGUGUCAGUACCAGGCCCCCGACAUGGACACACUGCAGAUACACGUCAUGGACUGUAUACAGUAACACACACACUCAUCCUAACAUCCACACACACAAAGUGACACAAGACCCCUCAGUGGACAAACUGCAGAUAUCGUCUCUUCUCAGUUACACAUUUACAUGUCUAGGUCCCCAUUAGGUUAGUAAAACAAGUACACCUACACACACACUCAUACACACACACACACACACAGCUGAAAGUUGAGCCCCAACGUGUGCAGAUGAGGGCAGCAGGUGGCAGGACCACGGAGGGAAGAUCUACGGAGAGCCAGAAUGAUCAAACAGGAACCUGGACGCAUCGUCACCAUGACUAUGGCCUUGUUGGUAGACCUGCUCAGUGUUCUCUUCUGAAUUAAGUUUAAUAAACUCCCUCCUCUCUCCCCUCUCCUCUCUCCCCUCUCCUCUCUCCCCUCCCUCCCCUCUCUCCCUUCUCCUCUCUCCCCUCUCCUCCCUUCUCCUUUAUCCCCUCCUCUCCUCUCCCCUCCCUUCCCUCUCUUCUCUCCCUGCCUCUUCUUUUCUCUGCCUCCGAGAUGUACCCGACCCAAAGCCUCACCCCUCUCCCUAACCCUGACCUCUGACACAUACUCUGACCCUGACCUUGUCUCCUUACCUGUGGCACCUGUGUAUCUAUCAGAAUGUAAGCACAUUGAGGUCCCAUGUGUGAAUAUUGUCUGUAAUUAUAGAUUAUUUCGUGAAAACUCAUUGUUUUAAAUUGUUGUAUGAGAAUUUAAGAAAUAAAUAUAGAUAUUGGAUGAAAUGUCA